AAUUCGCUCACAACCUCUCCUUAUCAUCCCCUUCCAUUAGAAACCCUCGAAACCCUAAUCUCCUCAUCUCUUCGCUUUGGAGUAGGGAGAAUGGCUGAAACAGUGGAGCUUCCUAGCCGUCUGGCGAUUCUUCCCUUCAGAAAUAAGGUGCUUCUGCCUGGCGCCGUCAUUCGCAUCCGCUGCACAUCUACGAGAAGUGUGAAGCUGGUGGAGCAGGAGCUGUGGCAGAGGGAGGAUAAAGGGUUGAUUGGAGUGCUGCCUGUGAGGGUCACGGAAGCUGCCGCGGCGGCGGCGGCGGCGGCUGCUGUUGGUAACUUGGUAUCGCCGGGAUCGGGGAGUGAUAAUGGAGAACGGAUUGUGAAGUCAUCGGCUGAUGUUUUGGGUGAUUCUCAAAAGCAGGGUGCAAAGAACCAGGAGGAGCCUAUCCGCUGGUAUAACAGGGGUGUUGCUGCCAGAGCUCUAAGUCUAUCUAGAGGAGUAGAGAAACCAAGCGGUAGAGUAACAUAUAUUGUGAUUCUCGAGGGAUUGUGUCGAUUUAGUGUUCAAGAGAUUAGUGAAAGAGGAACAUAUUUUGUUGCAAGAAUUUCCCGGCUAGAUAUGACAAAGGCUGAGCUGGAGCUGGCUGAACAAGAUCCAGACAUAAUAUUACUAUCUCGCCAAUUUAAAGCAACUGCCAUGGAGCUCAUUUCAGUUCUUGAACAGAAGCAAAAAAUUGCAGGCAGAACAAAAGUUCUUCUUGAUACAGUACCUGUGCAUAGACUGGCAGAUAUUUUUGUAGCUAGCUUUGAAAUAGGAUUUGAAGAGCAGCUCUCUAUGCUGGAUUCUGUUGACCUAAAAGUCAGACUUUCUAAGGCAACUGAACUAGUUGACCGUCAUUUGCAGUCUAUUCGGGUGGCAGAGAAAAUAACGCAAAAAGUGGAGGGGCAGCUAUCAAAGUCUCAGAAAGAAUUUCUUUUGCGUCAACAGAUGAGGGCCAUCAAAGAAGAACUUGGUGACAAUGAUGAUGAUGAGGAUGACAUUGCAGCUCUUGAAAGAAAGAUGCAAAGUGCGGGCAUGCCUCCUAGUAUAUGGAAGCAUGCCCAGAGGGAACUACGACGUUUGAAGAAAAUGCAACCUCAGCAGCCUGGUUACAGUAGUUCCCGUGUGUACCUGGAGCUUCUUGCUGAUCUACCAUGGGAGAAAGUGACAGAAGAACGGGAGAUCGAUCUUAAAGCUGCCAAGGAACAGCUUGAUUGUGAUCAUUAUGGUUUGGCCAAAGUUAAACAGCGCAUUAUUGAGUAUUUGGCUGUUCGGAAGCUCAAACCAGAUGCUAGAGGACCAGUGCUUUGUUUCGUAGGGCCACCUGGUGUUGGGAAGACGUCAUUGGCAUCAUCAAUUGCAGCUGCAUUAAAUAGAAAAUUUAUAAGGAUAUCUCUUGGUGGUGUAAAGGAUGAAGCAGAUAUUAGAGGACAUCGUAGAACUUACAUUGGAAGCAUGCCGGGGCGUCUUAUUGAAGGAUUGAAGAGAGUGGGUGUCAACAACCCUGUGAUGUUGCUCGAUGAAAUUGAUAAGACAGGAUCUGAUGUCCGUGGAGAUCCAGCAUCCGCACUGCUUGAGGUUCUAGACCCUGAGCAGAACGGAACAUUCAAUGAUCACUAUCUGAAUGUUCCAUUCGACUUGUCAAAGGUUAUUUUUAUUGCUACAGCAAAUAGGAUUCAACCAAUACCUCCGCCACUUCUAGACCGAAUGGAAGUCAUUGAGCUUCCUGGAUAUACACCUGAAGAAAAGUUGAGAAUAGCAACAAAGCAUUUAAUUCCAAGAGUUAUUGAUCAGCAUGGGCUAAGUCCUGAUUUCCUUCAAAUUCCAGAGGACACUGUGAAACUUGUAAUUCAAAGAUAUACCAGAGAAGCUGGUGUUCGGAAUCUCGAGAGGAGUUUAGCUUCCUUGGCUCGAGCAGCUGCUGUGAAGAUGGCUGAACAAGAAUGCAUAGUUCAAGCUGGCAAAAAUGGGCAUCAGCCUACAACUUCCUUGUUAGACACAAGGCUUGCUGAUUCAGCGGAAGUUGAAAUGGAAGUGAUUCCUAUGGAUUCUAGCCAUGAUGAGAUCAAUGCUUUUACAAGUACAUCGGCACUAAUCGUUGAUGAGUCUGUACUGGAGAAAGUGCUAGGGCCUCCUAGGUUCGAUGAUAGAGAAGCUGCAGAACGGGUAUCAAACCCAGGGGUUUCAGUGGGACUGGUUUGGACUUCAUUUGGUGGAGAGGUUCAAUUUGUUGAGGCCACAACCAUGGCUGGGAAAGGAGAUUUACAUCUCACCGGACAGCUUGGUGAUGUCAUCAAAGAAUCAGCACAAAUAGCCCUCACAUGGGUGAGAGCAAGAGCUGCAGAUCUUAAACUAUCACCUGCUGCUGAAAUUAAUUUUCUGGAAAAUCGGGAUAUACAUAUACACUUCCCUGCUGGCGCUGUACCAAAGGAUGGACCAUCAGCUGGAGUGACUCUAGUUACAUCACUAGUAUCACUCUUCAGUCAAAGGAAAGUUAGGGCAGAUACAGCUAUGACAGGGGAGAUGACUCUAAGGGGCCUAGUAUUACCAGUUGGUGGAAUCAAGGAUAAGGUUUUAGCCGCCCAUCGUUAUGGGAUUAAGAGAGUAAUUUUGCCGGAUAGAAACAUGAAGGAUUUGGUUGAAGUUCCAUCAGUUGUGCUUGCUGAUAUUGAGAUUAAGUUUGCAAAGAGAAUGGAAGAUGUCCUAGAAUAUGCCUUUGAAGGUGGAUGCCCUUGGAGACAAUAUGCCAAGCUAUGACUGAACCUAAUAGCCCUCCCUCCCCUCUUUGACCUGAUGGCCUCCCUCCUGACCACCUGAGUACAAUCUCCCUUAGCACCAUCAGGCAGCUCAUAUAUGUAAUCAACUACAGGCUCCAUAGCAAUUUUCCAUCACUGGCUGAGCAAUCAGCAGAUCAUAUAUUUAUGAUGUGGAAGCAGAGUCUUUGCAUUCAUCAGAAGGUUUAUUUGAUUUGAUUCAGAACUGUAUAGUAAGCUUCUAAACCCCCUCUGAUCCAAAAUAGUGAUGAAAUGUUAUAAUGCUAAGGGCGUUUUGAUAUA